CAAAGCUGUUAGAGAUACAGACUAACAUCAAGACAAACAGCACCAUCUUCAUACCACCACUGAGGGCAUCAGAGUGGAUCACAGGCUCAUCGCUGACAGGGAAGGUCUGACUGUCUCCACACCGUUCUAACUCAAAGCAUCUGUCUACAGGUCAUGUCCCCUCUUUCUGUGUUGAUGGUGUUGAUGGUGGUUGCCACAGCAACAGGGGCCCGUGCAGACAGUGAGGAGAAUGAGUUGGAAUAUGGGUACUGGAACUACAGAGAAGGAGCUGACAGCGUUAACGUGGCCUCUGUGCGCAGUGUGACCAGAGUUUUGGACGCUUGGGGAAAACACAUCUUCAGGGAAAUAAAGACUUUGCUUCACUCUCAGCCAAGCGCUCUGCUGCCAGACUACUCUAGGGUGCGCCCUCUCUCCGAGUCUCUUAACGACCUCUUUAGGGAAGUCUCUCUGCUGCGCCUCCGUAUCACUGAACUCUCCCAUCGCCUAGCAACGCUGGAGCCCUACCUCCGUCGCCACGGUUACCACGGUAUGGAAGAGGCGGGAGGUGGCAGCAGGGCUCAGAGUCUUCAUGGAGAGGUCUCCUUUCUCCCCCCUGAGAGCAGAAUGAGGGUGAGGGGCAGUCGGGUGGUGAAGAGGAGACGGCUGAAGGUCCCCAAGAACAGAGGUUCUGGUUCAGGCUGAGGGAGGAAGGGAAGAACACAGAGAACCAUGUAUGAAUUAGGGAACUGUGAUGUAUGUGAAGCUGACAAAGAUGCAAACCCAGAAAUAAUGACUUGUGACUGUGAGACUUGACCUACUACUCUUUAUAUAUUAAUAUUUAGGCCACUUUAUAUUUGUUCCCCACAUCAGUUGGCUUUAUUCCAAUCAGCUCCAGCGGCCGGGUCACACGCAGCAUCUACUCUAAGUUUAUCCCCAAACAUACAUUUUAUUUCACUACUGAAGAACACUGAGGACAUUUGAUACCUGAAAUAUAAAACCAAUAAGUAAGGCCGCCUUGUUAGACGGAUCUACAUCUUUCAUUGUCCAAUGGCUGCUUUAAGGAGACAAUCUGCUGGUGUGAUUACUUAACUUUAAUUAUCCUAAUAAUAAUAUUAAUUACCGCAACUAUGUUAAAUAUACAAUAAA